GGCACAGAGAUACUCGACUAGCGUACAAAAAAAACGAAAAGCGCUAAAACCCUCUUUAUUUGAGCGUUAUUUCUUUGCUUCUUGUCCAUUGAAAAUGGCUACGUUCUUCAGGAGGCUCGCCAGAGCUACUCCGAUCGCAUUUACCAAUGCAUUUGGCGGCCAAACCAAGUCUAGCUUCAGCGCUUUUCGGAUACCCAUUGGAGCAGUCGCAGCAGUUUCUGGUGGAAUCUCGUACUACUACUACUUUUCCUCGUCGAAUUUGGUUUAUCUGGAUCAAAUCAAUGAAGAGGCAGGCCCAAAAGUUGCACUCAACCCAGAUAAGUGGAUUGAAUUUAAGUUGCAAGACACAGCAAGGGUUAGUCACAAUACUCAACUCUUCAGGUUUUCAUUUGAUCCUACAGCCAAGUUGGGUCUAGAUGUUGCUUCAUGCAUUAUUACAAGGGCUCCUAUAGGACAAGAUGCUGAAGGGAAACCAAAAUAUGUCAUACGCCCCUAUACUCCCAUAUCAGAUCCAGAUUCUAAGGGAUUCUUUGACUUACUUAUUAAGGUGUAUCCAGAAGGAAAAAUGAGUCAGCAUUUCGCAAGCUUAAAACCUGGCGAUGUAGUUGAAGUCAAAGGGCCCAUUGAGAAGCUAAGAUAUACUCCCAAUAUGAAGAAACACAUUGGCAUGAUUGCUGGUGGCACAGGCAUAACUCCAAUGCUUCAGGUUAUUGAGGCUAUACUGAAAAAUCCUGAUGACAAAACUCAGGUAUCACUGCUUUAUGCCAACGUCUCCCCAGAUGACAUACUGCUUAAACAGAAGCUUGACAUACUUGCAACUAGCCAUCCAAACUUAAAGGUAUUCUACACUGUCGAUAAUCCAUCAAAGAAUUGGAGAGGAGGUACAGGUUUCAUAUCAAAGGAUAUGGUUGUCAAAGGUUUACCUGAUCCUAGUGAUGAUACUCUAAUUCUUGUAUGUGGCCCCCCUGGAAUGAUGAAACACAUAUCUGGUGACAAGGCUAAAGACCGCUCACAAGGAGAGCUUACUGGCAUACUCAAAGAGCUCGGAUAUUCUGAGGAAAUGGUUUACAAAUUUUGACUGAAGCCUGUGUGCAUUUGCUUCAAAUUUUGAGUUCUCUCUAAAGAAACAUAAUAGGCAGAUUGAACUCGAAGAGCAUAACAUUGAAUUUGCAGAUGAUAUUCGAUAUAAAAUAACGCACUGUGAGAGCUCGCACUAACUCUAGAGUUUUGAUUUUGAAGAAACUUGCAGAGUUUCUACUAUGGGUUUCUCCAGGCUGUUUAUAUUUUCCAUGAGAAAUAAUAUAUACUACAUUUUUAUUUCAUGAUUAUCAGACAA